AUGGAGGCUCGCCAGUACGAGGAUGUGCUGGUUGGGAAGGGUCGCCCCGUCGCCGAAGGCGACAAGGUCCGUGUUCACUAUACGACGGAAAACGAAGCGAACCGAUCAUGGUUUUUACGUUUUUCAAAAGUUAGCAAGGGAGACGUCCAUCAAGCACUUGUCUAUCAUUAG